AGUAGGUCAUUUUUAAAGAGCGCUAAAGAAACAACCUGACCCAGCGUAUCUCAGUUAGAUGUCAAGCUCCGGCCCCUACUGAACUGAGCACUGGCGUAAAGCAAACCACAGCUCUGUUUUGCUUGUGUUCAAGGCGACAAUGUUUUGCGCAACCCUACCUUGCCUCGUGGGUGUUGCAGUAAUCUUUGCGGGAAUUUCGAAUGUGGCGUACAUUCCAUUGAUGGAGGGUGUUGUUGAUACCUAUCAGGCGAGGGUUAUCUCCACGUUUGCAAGAGUUGUGAGGAUAGUGGGAGGAGUGGCAGAAAGUCUUGGUUUGGAGACACCUGAUAACGUGGCAAGAGCGAUGACAGACUUCAUCCUUUCAGACAACACACCACCUCCUCCCACAGACCACCUGAAGGUGGAGGACUACACUUUUGACGGUGUACCGGUAAGACUGUAUCGACCAACGGCUGCUGCAAAACCAUCGCCGUCAGUGAUAUACUUACAUGGUGGGGGAUGGACCAUACUUCACAUAGACAGCUUCGAUGAUAUCUUAUCCGACUAUGCAGUUACAUCUGGAUAUGUCUUUAUUUCCAUUGAGUAUCCGCUAGCUCCUGAGAAUCCGUUCCCCAAACCGUUCGAGACAUGUCUGACAGCAGUCCUUCACGUCUUGUCCCAAGCAGGGUCAUAUGGACUGGAUGCAGAGAAGGUGGCUAUUGCUGGUGACAGUGCAGGAGGAAACCUCGCAGCUGCAGUAAGCCUAAAGCUCUCCGAGCUAAAAGACGUCCCCAAACUAAGGUUUCAAUGGCUUAUCUACCCGGCACUCCAAGCCUUCACUUUCAAGACCCCCUCAUACCUUUCAAAGGAGGAUGCCUCUCCCUACUUUAACGAUGGCGCGACAAUGGCGCAUUACUGGUGCAACUAUAUGGGCAUAAACACACCACGCAUGAAGGAAGCCUUCAGAACCAACCACCACACUUCUAGGAAACUGAAACAAUCAAUUUAUGCCUCGUACGUUGAUUCCAAGCUGCUUCCAAAAGAAUUUCGCGGCGACAGACCCGGAGAAACACGUUUAGACUACGGCGAUGACGAGAUCUCCAAUGAAGUCGAGAAGAUUAUUUUGAAUCCUUACUUUGCACCGUUGAUGGCUCCGGAUCUUAGUGGAGUAGCUCCAGCGUUUGUUGUCACAGCCGAGUUUGAUGUUCUGAGGGAUGAUGGUCUGAUGUAUGCUCAGAGGAUGAAGGACGCCGGUGUGGACGUGGUUGUCUACAACUCCCCAGGGUCUAUACAUGGCUUCUUGAGUUUCUUUGAAGGUCUCAUUCCUAAGUAUACUGACACUGAUCACACAAUAGGCAAGUUUGUAAAGUAUGCAAGGGAGCAUUUCAAAUGAUGUUCAGCCAUUCAGCAAUUUGAUUUGAUAUAAUGUGAAAAAAACAUAAAAAUAAUCUCUUUAUAAUUUUUAAUAAACAGAACUUAAUUCCUAACCUCAACCGUGAUGGAAUUCAGAAUUGUACUUUGUCAGUUGAGACCAAAGAGGGCCAAUCACAAUAUUCUUUGAGCAUUUUCGUACUUAGGUUAAGUCUCUGUUCUUCAGUUGUGUAAUGAAAGCCUGAAGAAGGGUGGGCUGUACGAAUUAAUGGCACAAUCCAAUGAUGCUCCCUACCGCAUUCUUCAUUUGUGUAUUUAGACUUGUGACCUGUGCUCUUGGCACAGGGCCACACACACCAGCAAACCCAGCAAUUAUAGUGAGUUGACUACGCUGGUUUGAACAGUAUUCCUUUACGUUACGGCGUGUCAGCUUAACAUGGAAAACAGAUUUUCCGUUAAAUAAUCAAACAAAUACAAACAUACACACUUCAAUCAUUGAUCAGUGGACGUGUAACAGUGAAAUCGAGAACUACCAAGAACUAAAAUCAAGAACACCCGACAAGAGAUAAGAAAGGAUGGUAACGAAGACGAACGUGGUGUACGUGGUCUGUAAAUAUUCGAGUCUGCACCAGACAAUCCAGUGAUCAACAGCAUGAGCAUCGAUCUACGUCAUUGGGAACUGAUGACACUAGUCAACCAAGUCAGCGAACCUGACCACUCGAUCCCGUUAGUCGCCUCUUACGACAAGCAUGGGUUACUGAAGGUCACAUAAAAGGAAUCAACGAGUU